AUGAAUACCAAUUCGUUGAUUCCCAGUUACAGCGCCGACAAUUUUACUACCUUUGGCACGCAUGCCAAUGCAUCAUUCAUAGCGAAUGCCACCAAUACCUCCACCACCUACAACCAUGUUUUCGCUGGUAUCACCUCUGUCUUUCUCACGAUCUACGUACUAAUCAUUUUGGGCUUUUUUGUGGGACACUUUCGACUACUAUCAAAGGCACAGAUACGUGGAUUUGGCCGAUUUGUUCAUCGAUAUGCCAUUUCGGCUUUGAUUUUCAUCGUAAGCCCAUAUUUUUUUACUUCUUUCAAUACAACAGUGACAAUUCGUUUGGAGUCCAUUCAAUGGCCAGCCAUAUGGUCGAUUUUCAUCUCUCGAUUUCUAAUGUUAAUCGUGUCCACGACCGCCUGCUUGGUGAUUUCGCGGGGUCAAUUUGUGGGCCUUUCUGCUAUUGUCAGUCUUCUGCUCACCGAUUCUAAUGACAUUGCUGUGAUGUAUCCCACAUUUCGAAUUCUUCAUCCAAGCAUGGCCAGCCAUUGUUGCAUUGUAGUGGCUCUUCAAAUCCUGCUCCUCAAGCCAAUCGCAUUUCUACUUCUUGAAUUGAGCACCUUUCGCGAAAGGCAAAUAAUUCUGCGAGAUGUCGUACCUACCGCCUUCCCAUCCUCCAUGACCUUGAGAACUCCUUUCAAGAUAUUGUGCCAAGUGCUGUUGGAUCCCCAACUUAUCGCCUUCUGUCUCGGUUUGCUUUGCAAUGUGGCGUUUAGAAAUCAGCCGCCCAUCUCCCUCACCCACUUCUCCAACACUUUUGAUGUGGCUUUUACCGCCUGCGCACUAUUCUACCUCGGUUUGGUUUGCGUAAAUGUCGGUACCGGCGUUUCAGAAAAGGAGAAACCCCUGCUAGCCGCCAUUCUUUCACUUAAAGUGUCAGUCCCUACUGAAAUGGCUUUUAAACUGGUUAUGCCAAUUCUGGCCAGGAAAUUUUACAACCUCCUUCCAGCCCACACUUAUAAUGAAACCACUGAGACAUUUGUCCUACUCUACUCGCUGUCUCCGGCCAGUGCUACUCUCCUACCACUUGCAUCAAGGUAUGCCGUGGCUCCCAAUCUUGUGGGGGAUAGCAUCAGAACAGGAACCUUCCUUCUCCUUCCUUGUCUCUUCGUCUAUGAGUGCGUUAUUUUCCUGCUCUCCGCAGAUCCCUCCAUAUACGCCCACUUUCUUGAGAAAACUGCCGUUUAUAUCUCAUGGAUUAGUGCUAUUAGUGGAGUAAGUACUUCACUGGGUAUUCCCUGGUUUUGCAGUCAUAUUACUGCUCAACUAAUCGAGUCAUUUAUAUCUAAGAAUUUCCUGUUCUUCCUAUCUCUUACAGCUUUGGACGAGGGUGGUGUUUCUAGCUGGUCGAAAAACGGCUCUAAUGCCUCACCGAUUCGUGAUUUGCUAUCUGGAUUGCACUAUAUUUACCACCAAUACCCAGCAGCACGUAUCACAUUGGCCGACUACAUUAAGUUCUCCUUCUACCUCUCCGCCUACUACUGCACUCGCAUGUGGACGGCAUUCAUCUGCAUUGGAAUGCUGAUACAACAACGCGAGGCAAGACUGAUGCCACGACGAAAUCGAACCGUCUUUUACAUCUUUGGCCUGCUGGCACCGAUCCUUCUCACUGUCUCGAUGAAAAUCAUCUCGCAUGACGUUCGCCACCAAGAUGUCAAUCCAUUCCACCGAUAUGGGACCGUGCAGCGCUCUGUAUUUUUUCGCCGCAAAUUCGCCAGGAGCGCUAAGAAUGGCUACGCCCCUUUGGCCAAUGGGAGCGUGGUCCACGAAGGUGUGACUGAGGUAGCUGUCGCUUGUGCCCACUCUGAAUUCAUUCCACUCACUGUCAGCAUCGAGAAAGAUGAGGAAACGGAGAGAAGUGAAAGGGAUAACGUCGACCAAUCACCGACUCAGCGGGAGGAGUCCGAGUUCACGGUAGAUCCUAACAACAAAGAUGGACAAAUUCAUCGACACUAUGCCGUAGUUUGCCUUAAUCUUGUGGGCAUGGUAUUUGGAAUGUGUGGCUGCCUUUGGAGGCUGAUGUACCUGCGAAUAUCGACGACAGUUAUGGCUCUAGAGUUUAUGGAUCAAGUUUUCAAUUUUGGUCAGGGCUUUCUCGUCUUCUCACUUUACGGGUUGGACGUGGAAUAUAUCUCCAGACCACUGUUGCUGAUGCAAGUCUUCUCUGGUGUUCUUUUCUCCUGUUCCAAGUUUCGAGAACGCGUUUCAAUAUGGUUUCUGGCCCUCAAACGACCAGGACGACAGCGAAUAGAAGCUGAGUCAGGGGAGGGUGGGGAGCUGCGAGUAAAACUUCCCACAAGGCAGACGUCUGGGUGGAGGAUUGCAGAGAGUUUUGCUCUUCUUCAUCUGGACGCUUGUGUCUCAGAAAUCUGCAAGCCUAUUCUGUUACCAACACGUGAAGUGAAACGGGCUUUCGUUCUUGCCGAUUUCCAAAUGUGGCUGUUAAAGCGUAAUAUUUGCACCAACCUAAAUGAAGUGCUCUCUCUCCUCCUCUCUUUGGAGCUCAACGACUACGUUCGAGGUCUCAGUGUUACCUCCGUCUAUGCACUGGAUCCAGAGUCCUGUGACCAGAACGUCUUUGAAUUCACCCUCCUCGACUAA